AUGGCCCGCUUCUCUACACCAGCUAUGCCACGAGACUCUUCUGCCGCCGAAGCGCCGAUCGUCUCAUGCAGGCAACAGGGCAUCCGCGACCCCGUUUCCAGUCGCCGCCGCCCGACACCGAUCACGCCCUUCUUGGCAGCCUUCCUGGGUUUGAUUACAUGUUCGUCAUUGCCGUACCGAUGCUUGGCUGACUGGGAUGGCACAUGGCACAAGGCCCGCGCUACUCGUUAUGGAGGUACUGAUGAUGGCUGGAACAUAAACGAAGGAAGCUGCGGUUAUGGCUACCUGGACCACGAUCGCGCCACAGGCUGGGACAUCGCCGCCAUGAGCGACGCCAACUGGGACUUCGCAGGCAGCUGCGGUCGGUGCUUCGAGGUGCGGUGCGAUCCAACAUGGCUCAGCGACAACUACGGACAGAGCUUUGACCGUACGGGAGUUUGCCGUGAUCCGGAGGCCAGUGUGGUCGUGCAGAUCACUGAUUCAUGCCCCUGCAAUUACCCCAACAACGCCUGGUCGAACCGGCGAUGGUGCUGCGGGGACAUGUACCACUUCGACAUGAGCACGUGGGCCUUUGAGAAGUUGGCCGAGAACCGAUGGGGCGUCAUCGGCAUUAUCGUACGCCCCGUCUCUUGUGACUACCAGCCAGAGCGUCGCGCCCCCGUACCUCCGGAGGGAGAGUCCCCGCCCAACACGCGAAUCAGCCGGCCUUGGGGCUGGUUUGACCGCCGUCCCUGGCCUUGA